GUUGAAGAUUGUAAAAAUUUCUUUUAAGUGCAAGCAGUUUUUUGUUCAACUUAGGAAAGAAUUGCAUGAAUCUAGAGAGACAUUACUGGGAUUCAAUAUGGUGAAUUACCGAGCAUGUAAGAAUUUGUGGAAAGCUUGUGUUGAACAUCACACAUUCUUCCGGUUGGACAGACCACUCCCCCCUCAGAAGAACUUCUUUGCACAUUAUUUCACUUUGGGUUCCAAGUUCCGGUACUGUGGGAGAACGGAGGUACAGUCUGUGCAGUAUGGUAAAGAAAGAGCAAACAAAGACAGGGUAUUUGCAAGAUCCCCCAGUAAACCCUUGGCACGGAAAUUAAUGAGUGGGAUGGACUGGGAAGUAGUGAGUAGGAACUCACUGUCUGAUGACAGGUUGGAAACACAGAGCCUACCAUCACGAUCUCCACCUGGAACCCCAAAUCAUCGCAACUCUGCCUUCACUCAAGAAGGAGCCCGAUUACGACCCUCAUCAGUUGGACAUUUAGUGGACCAUGUAGUUCACACUUCCCCGAGUGAAGUAUUUGUAAAUCACAGAUCUCCAUCUUCCACCCAGGCUAACAGCAUCAUACUGGAAUCUUCACCAUCACAAGAGACUCCUAUAGAUGGGCAGCCUCCUGCGUUACCACCCAAACAAUUUAAAAAGAACAGUUGGAACCAAAUUCAUCAUUCACACUCACAGCAAGAACUGGAUAACCAUAUUAAUGAAACAUUUGAUGUUCCUGUGUCACCUGAAAAAUCCACACCCAAUGGUGGUGUCCCCCAUGACAAUCUUGUUAUGAUCAGAAUGAAACCAGAUGAAAAUGGAAGGUUUGGCUUCAAUGUGAAGGGUGGAUAUGAUCAGAAGAUGCCAGUAAUAGUCUCCAGGGUAGCUCCAGGAACACCUGCUGAUCUCUGUGUCCCUCGUCUGAAUGAAGGGGAUCAGGUUGUACUGAUUAACGGCAGGGAUAUAGCAGAACAUACCCACGAUCAAGUUGUUAUGUUUAUUAAAGCUAGCUGUGAGAGACACUCAGGGGAACUUGUGCUCCUAGUUCGACCCAAUGCUGUCUAUGAUGUUGUGGAAGAGAAGCUGGAGAGUGAGCCUGACUUCCAGUACAUCCCUGAGAAAUCUCCACUUGAUGGUGUCCAUCAAGAUGAUAAUGCUCUGAGGGAAUCCAUGAUUCAGCUAGCAGAGGGGCUUAUCACUGGAACUGUUUUGGCUCAGUUUGAUCAAUUGUAUAGGAAAAAGCCUGGAAUGACAAUGUCUUGUGCCAGAUUACCUCAAAACAUUUCCAAAAAUAGAUACAGAGACAUUUCGCCUUAUGAUGCUACACGGGUUAUUUUAAAGAGUAAUGAAGAUUACAUCAAUGCAAAUUAUAUAAAUAUGGAAAUCCCUUCUUCCACAAUAAUAAACCAGUAUAUUGCUUGUCAAGGUCCAUUACCGAACACUUGUCCUGAUUUUUGGCAGAUGACUUGGGAACAAGGCUCAUCUAUGGUUGUAAUGUUAACGACUCAAGUUGAACGGGGCAGAGUUAAGUGUCACCAGUACUGGCCAGAGCCAUCAGGAAGCUCAUCGUAUGGGAAUUUCCAGAUUACCUGCCAUUCAGAAGAAGGAAAUCCUGCUUAUGUCUUUCGAGAAAUGACAUUGACUAACCUGGAGAAAGAGGAAAGCCGCCAACUAACCCAAAUCCAGUAUAUAGCAUGGCCUGAUCAUGGGGUUCCUGAUGAUUCCAGCGAUUUCCUAGAUUUUGUGUGUCUGGUGCGAAAGAAGAGGGCUGGCAGAGAAGAACCUGUUGUUGUUCAUUGCAGUGCUGGGAUUGGACGGACAGGAGUUCUUAUCACUAUGGAGACAGCUAUGUGUCUCAUUGAGUGCAAUCAGCCUGUUUAUCCAUUAGAUAUUGUAAGAACCAUGAGAGAUCAAAGAGCCAUGAUGAUCCAGACGCCUAGUCAAUACAGAUUUGUAUGUGAAGCUAUUUUGAAGGUGUAUGAAGAAGGAUUUAUUAAACCUUUACAAGCAUCACUGCAUAAGUAAAGAGCGAAAAAACCCAGGAUAUCAAUUGAGGAGUCCUGUCGUCUGUAAUGAACUGGCAGCGUUCUUUGUGCCAUAAUACUGCUUGCAGGAAAUGAUAGUGAAGUACAGCGAAGAAUUGACAAAGGACUUUGAAAACUUCAGCACUGUUGCACUUUACGUUGAAACAAAAUCAGUCUCUGAAACUCUUCUAACCUUCAUCUGUUUGAAGACUUUAUUUUCGUGCUUUGCUCGGAACGAACCAUAAACUGAAAGAACUAAUUGUGUUCAGGGUAAUCGACGAUAUUUCAUUUUAGUGCCAUAUACUGCGCUUCUGGUUGAAUUGCUACAAACAAGGCUUGGAAUUAUUUCACUCUGUUUUACACCCAUGUCUCUUAAAAUGAAAAACAAAUGAAAAAAUACACUAAGCCAUGGUCUUUUUCCAGUGCUAGGUUUAUUUACUAUGUACAGACUCUCACUGUUUUGUUUUUUACAACAUUAGCAAUAUUGCCAAUACUAGAUAGAUACACACUGCCUACUGAUGCAGCACACGUUGUCCUACACCCUUACUAGAGACCAGCUGGUGGUUAGAGGAAAGCUGGCGUCUGUGUUAACCCAGCAGUAGCUGCAUAAUGCCCACUUACCAGCAUCUUGUACAAAAUAACAAUAACAAUAAAAAUAAAAA